GCCAAAUGAAUCCGCGAAGAAGAAUGUUGUGAACAAGGAAGUUGGUGUUUAACAGGAAGCCAGCGACAGCGUUGUGAAUGAGAGAGAGCCCUGCUCUCACUUGGUUAAACAAAGGUUAUCUCUGUGUCGUCGAGAAUGUACGCUCCACCGGGUUCUGCGGCUCCUGGAGGAAGGAGGAGGAGAGCGGGAACCUCCCUGCCAAAGCAGCCGGAGCGGAGCCUGGUGUCGGCUCUGCCCGGAGCUCUGUCCAUCACGGCGCUGUGCACGGCCCUGGCGGAACCGGCGUGGCUCCGCGUGCACGGUGGGACCUGUUCGAGGCAGGAGCUGGGCGUGGCUGACGUUCUGGGCUACAUCGACCCAAAGCUACUGGACGAUUACUGUGUGAAUCCUCAGACUGUUCUGCUGCUGCGAGUCAUUGCUGCCUUCUGCUUCCUGGGCAUCCUGUGCAGCCUGACCGCCUUCCUCCUGGACGUGUUUGGACCCAAACACCCGGCGCUAAAAAUAACACGCAGAUACGCAUUUGCACAUAUUCUCACAGUGUUGCAGUGCGCCACCGUCAUCGGAUUCUGCUACUGGGCGUCGGAGCUCAUCCUGUCUCUGCAGCAGCAGCACAAAAAGUAUCACGGCUCGCUCAUAUACGUCACCUUCGCCAUCAGCUUCUACCUGGUGGCGGGCGCGGGCGGAGCCUCCAUCCUCGCCACGGCCGCCAACCUGCUGCGCCACUACCCGACCGAGGAGGAGGAGCAGGCGCUGGAGCUGCUGUCGGAGAUGGAGGACAGCAGCGAGACUUUUCCCGCCGACUACGACGUCGCCAACCAGUUCCAGCCGCCGCCCGCGUACACGCCGUAAAACGCCACGAGCACUCGCUUCUCUCCCUUUUUAUCUCCCUCCCUCCCUCUCUCCCUCUCUCUCUCUCAGCACGGCUUUUUUGGCUUUGAUGAGCAAAAACAAACGGAACAUUUCAAAGAUCCUCUCUGUGAAGACGGCGGCGUGAGCAGAAACCGUCUCUGAGCGACGGCGCAUGAAAGCUUUUGUUUAGCGGCGGCAGAUUUAAAAAAAAAAAUCCUCCUUUUCGUUCUUUAACCACUGAGUUUUUGUUGGUAAUUUGCGUGUAAAUGGCUUUUUAAGGAUCUCAGUCCUGACAUGUAAACCUGACUGGACUCCACUCAUCACCGAUAAUCAAUGACACGGCCACCGAUCAACGAUCAAUGACGUUUACUCGAGCUCUUCUCUGGACGUGGAUGGAGUUUUCUUUCCCUGUGUGUGUGUGUGUGUGUGUGUGUGUGUGUGUGUGUGUGUGUGUGUGUGAGUGUGAGUGUGAGUGAAAAAGUUUUAGUUCACCUUCAGAUUUGUGUCGUUUUAACAAUGUUUUCAUGAUCAUUUAUAAUUAUUUCUGUAUUUGUUUUAAUCCGAAACAACCAGAAAACACAGUAAACAUGUUUGCACUUUUAAAUCUAAAUGGAAUGGAUAAAUAUUCAAAAAUCACAUCAUCUGGUUUUAAUGAUUGAAAAAACAUUCAAUUUGUUGACGAUUAAGAUUGGAAGUUUACUUCAAAUCACAUUAUUCUGUUCAAAAUGUCAAAGAUCACAGACAUUAACAGAAUUUCAGUUUUCACUCUGAAAUUUCUGCCAUUUCUUGGGGGAAAUUGUUUGAUUGAGAAUAUUUGAAUUUUUUUACCACAAACUUUUAACGCAGUGAAAUAAAAAACGGAUUUUUUUAACUGUAGAAGCCAUUUUGAUUUGAAAAUUUGCACUUUUCUGAUUGUUAAUAUAUAUAAAAAAAAACAACUUUAAAUCACACAUUAUUCUGUUCAAAAUGUCAAAGAUCCCAGAACUUAACAGAUGUAAAAUCACAGUUUUCACUCUGAAUCUUGAUGAAAACCCAGACAAAUAAAACAUUUUAUGACUGAUUUUUUUAACUGUAGAUUUGCUGUUUUCUGCUCGUGUUCUGAUAAUAAGACGUAAAAAGUGAAAUAUUGACGCUCGUUUUUGCCAAAACUACAAACCCAGUUUUUCUCCUUAGACGUUGAACUGAAAAAAAAAACCAGAAAAUGUUCUUUAUAUAAAAAUAUCAAAAUUGACUGUUCUGUUCUGACGUUUCUGUGCCGUGUUUCUUUCUUCGCUUCAGUCUUAUUUUGUUUCACGUGAACUUGAAAAAACAAAAAAAUGAUGACGUGGCAGAUUUUUGUUUUUUUGUUUUUUAUAAAAAAGUUAGAGUGAAAUUUAGUCUGUGUGUGUAUGUGUGUGUUAAUCCUGGCAGAUUUUAAUAACAUUUUUGUUUAAUCUGUCAGGAUAAAAAAGACGCGCUGAUUCUUCUUCUUGUUGUAAUUUGUUUGUGUUGUUUUUUCUUAAACUGUCACUGACUCGACUUUUCAUCACAGAAUGUAAAUAUUAAACGUUUAUACCUAAAAAAUAAAGUAAAUGCCAAAUUUUGCUUCACUUCUCUCAAA